UUGUGUCUUUUGCAAUUAAUUGCUAUAUUUUUAUAAUAAAGUGAUUUUGAAAAAUGUUGAAACUAGGAUUCUUCUUAUUACUUACCAUUGUGUAUCUUAAAUCGAAUGUUCAUUGUGCUGGGCUAAUUGAAGUGUUCGAAUGGAAGCAAAUGGACUAUGAGGAAAAGGGUACUACUCAAAUUGGAGGCCCAAAUCAUCAACAUAAUCAUCAACAUCACCAUAUGCAUAAUCAUCAUAACCAUGGUAAACCUAGAGCUCGACCACCAACUUCUGCUGCAAGACCCCAGUCAUAUAUUCCAUAUAAUAAUAUCCCAAUGGGUGUUAGUCAUCACGAUGGCAGACUUAUCAUUGCCGUUCCAAGACGUCGCCUUGGAAUUCCAUCAACACUUAACUACAUCGAUUUGAAGACUGUCGGCUCAAACCGAAGCCCAAAACUGAGGGCAUAUCCAGACUUUGCAACAAAUCAAUUUAGGAUGACACCAAAUAGCAAUCAAAUUAUAUCCGUUUAUAGGACUGAAAUUGAUGUCUGCAAUCGAUUGUGGUUCAUUGAUACUGGAAAUUUAGAAUUACCAAACAAUAAUACCCAAAUCCAACGUCCUUCAAUUUGGGUAAUUGACUUAAAGACAAACAAGAAGGUAGCUCGAUUUGAAAUUCCAGAGUCAAUUGUUUUAUCUGGUACUGGUUUUCCAAGUAUAACAGUUGAUGUGGAGAGAACAGCUUGUGAUAAGGCAUUUGCAUAUAUCCCAGAUAUUUAUAGUUAUGGACUUUAUGUCUACAGCUUGGAACAAAAUCAUAUGUGGUCAUUUAGUCAUCAUUUCCUUCAUUUUGAUCCAACUCAAGGCCAUUUCAAUGUUGGUGGACAAGAUUUUGAAUGGACUGAUGGUAUAUUCUCUAUUGCACUUGGUAAUAAAAAUCCAGAUGGUUUUAGGACUGCUUAUUUCCAUCCAUUGGCAAGUUCCACAGAGUUCACAGUGUCAACAGAAGUUUUAAGAAAUGAAAGUAAUGCAGCUCGUUCAAGUCAUGGACAAGAUUUUAAAAUUCUUGGAUCGAGAGGUCUUGCGAAGCAAACAACAACACAUGAAUUUGAUCCUGAAACUGGUAUUAUAUUUUAUGCUGAAGUAAUGACAAACGGUGUAGGCUGUUGGAAUACAAAGACAACAGAUUUCUCUGCUAAUAAUCAUGGAAUAGUUGCACAGGAUCCAGAGACAAUGAUUUAUCCAAGUGAUGUAACGAUUGAUCAAGAAGGAACUCUUUGGGUAAUGACAAAUUCAAUGCCAAUCUGGAUUUAUUCUACAAUGGAUCCAAAUAUUGUCAAUUUUAGAAUUUGGAAGCAAAAUGUUAAAGAUGCUGCUGCCAAUACAGUUUGUGAGGUUCAAAAGUCAAAUAUUUUUCACUACGCAUACGCAUUUGUUUUAAAAGAAAUGUUGAAAUUCGUAUUUGUGUUAAUCCUAGCCACAGUCUGCCUUAAAAUCGAUGUUCAUUGCAUUGGACUAACCGAAGUGUUCGAAUGGAAGCAAAUAGAAUAUGAACAUUUGGGAAAUUUUGACACUCAACCCGACUCAUACAUUCCAUAUAAUAAUGUCCCAAUGGGCGUUAAUCAUUUCAAUGGGAAACUCUUCAUAACCGUUCCCAGACGUCGCCUUGGAAUCCCAUCAACACUAAACUAUAUUGAUUUGAAGACGAUCGGUCUAAAUCGAAGUCCAAAAUUGCGACCAUAUCCAGAUAUGGAAACUAAUCAGUUAACGGAUACUCCUGACGCAAAUCGAAUCAUUUCUGUUUAUAGAACGGAAGUUGACGUCUGCAAUCGAUUGUGGUUCAUUGAUACCGGAAAUCUUGAAAUACCAAAUGACAAAAGACAGAUUCAACGUCCUUCUAUUUGGAUAAUCGACUUGAGAACGAAUAAGAGGAUACAUCGAUUCGAAGUUCCAGAAUCGGUUGUUCUCUCUGGAGCAGGUUUAGCGAGUAUAACUGUAGAUGUGGAUAGCUCAGCUUGUGAUGCAGCAUUUGCAUACAUUCCAGAUUUGGUUCACAAUGCACUUCGUGUCUACAGCUUGGAAGAAAACCGUAUGUGGACAUUCAAUCAUAAUUCCUUUCAUUUCGAUCCCACUCAAAACCAACUCAAUAUUGGUGGCCAUAACUUUUCAUGGAAUGAUGGCAUAUUUUCGAUUACACUAAGCAAUCCAAAGAGAGAUGGCUUCAGAAUUGCGCAUUUUCAUCCUAUGGCAAGCACCCACGAGUUUUCAGUCUCAACGAGAAUUUUGCAGAAUGAGAGUCUAGCUGCUCGUUCCGAUCAUGGAGAAGAUUUCAAAUUACUUGGAACAAGAGGUCCACAAAAACAUUCAACAAUGCAUGAAUAUGAUCCUAAAACUGGCAUAAUAUUUUAUGCCGAAAUAAUGAAGAAUGGUGUAGGUUGCUGGAAUACAAUGGCAAAAGGAUUCUCUGCUAGUAAUCAUGGACAAGUUGCAACAGAUCCAGAUCGAAUGAUUUAUCCAAGCGAUUUAACAAUUGACAAGGAUGGAACUAUUUGGGUGAUGACAAAUUCGAUGCCGAUUUUUAUUUACUCCCAAUUGGAUACGAAUGCUGUUAAUUUUAGAGUUUGGAAACGAAAAGUUAAAGAUGCUGUAGAAAACACAGUUUGUGAACCUGAAACUCAUCGUCGACGAACAUCCUCUUACCAUUGAAUUAAUACAUUUUUAAAUAGUUUUUUUUUUAAGAUCAACUAUUAAAACAAAAAAUUUAAUAUAGUUUAUUUUUCUACAUAAACGGUCACUGUGGCGUAUACGUAACAUUUUUGUGAACAAAAAGACAUUUGUGCGGAAAAUUUUGUUUAUGGGUAGAAACAAAUUAGGCUAGUUUACUUUUGUGGACCGUUAAAAGUCUUAAGAUUUCCGUAAGUUUCUUCAAUAUUUGUUUACUCAGUUUCAAAUCUUUAUCAACUAACAACUUAAGUAAGUUAUUAAAAUGACUUUAAGUUAACUCGUAAAGGC